GGAACUGCCCGCAGCUCUCCCCAGCCCUGCAGCUGGCAUCCAGGCUGUCAUCCAAGGCCAACAGAAAGAACUUUCAUCCUCAGAAGUCUUGAGAUGGGAAAAAUCAUCAUUUAUGAGCAUGCCAACUUCAGGGGUGUGUCCAGAGAAAUCACUUCUGACAUUUCCAAUCUGGGACGUUUGGAUUUUAAUGAUAUUAUCUCCUCAGUGAAAGUAAUUGGCCAGCCUUGGGUGGCUUAUGAGCACAUAAAUUAUUCAGGCCGGCUAAUGGUACUUGAGGAGGGGGAGCAUAACUAUGUUGGCAGAAGCAUGAAUGAUACAAUCAGCUCUCUGCAGAUGAUCACUGAAGAUCUGCACAAUCCCCAGAUCACUCUCUAUGAACAUCCCAACUACCAAGGGAAGAGCAGAGUAAUAAGAGAAGCAACCAACCUGGCUGCGGGAUUCGACAAUGACAUCAUGUCUUCUCACAAAGUCCAGAGAGGUGCCUGGCUGUUGUGUGAGCACAGUGAUGGAAGUGGAAUUCAAUACAUUGCACGAGAAAAAGAUAAUCUUCCACAUUACUCAGCAAUCUACCUCAAUGACAAGCUUUCCUUCCUGCGUCCCCUUCGCCCGGGCCGCUCUUAUUAGAAUGCAAAUCCUCCAAAGCUGAGGAAGAUGCAGC